AUGGCACCAGCUCACUCAUCGGGGGCUACUCCUCGACUGUUUAUAACUGCGGGCAUUGCGGCGAUUGGCGCGAUGCAAUUCGGGUUUCAUUUGGCAGAGUUAAACUCUCCACAGGAUAUCGUUACUUGUGGUCCUGCUGGCAUUGACAGACCAAUAGAUCCUUCGUAUGACUGUAUCCCAAUGUCUUCAGCAGAUAUUGGAAUGGUGAAUGGCAUAUACUCUAUCGGUGGUUUUUUAAGUGCGUCAGUAGCGGGCUCGUUUGCCGAUGGUUUGGGACGGCGAAAGGUAGUGUUUGCAAAUUGUGUACUCUUUGUUCUUGGAUCCAGCAUCAUUGCUAAUUCUCACAGCGUUCUGACUAUGUGUACAGGUAGAUUUAUUGCUGGAUUGGGUGCAGGCUCUGCUAUUGUCGUGACUCCAUUGUAUUUGAACGAGAUUAGUCCUGUCUCUAUUAGAGGUGCUUUAGGAACCAUAAACCAGAUAUCCGUCAAUAUUGGCAUUCUGCUAGCACAGGUCCUUGGUCUAUUCCUAUCUACCGAAGAUAUGUGGAGGCGAAUUCUUUUCAGUGGUAGUAUUAUUGCAAUUGCCAAUGCUGCACUCUUGCCUCUGUGUGUUGAAUCCCCGAAAUGGCUUGCACUUAAAGGUAUGACGCCAGAAGCUUUAAGAUCAUUGAGAGUAUUAAGAGGAGAAGAUGCUGAUAUUGAUGGCGAAGUUUCCAACUGGAAAAGUCACGACAAUCAUGCGGGCGGAAGCUCACUUGGCCUGACUGGUGAUGAAGAGAGUUCAUUGCUUGCUCCAUCCUCAGAAAAUAGAUCCCCAAACCAACCGUUCCCUGCUGCUGCCAAAAAGGUUGGCGUAUUAGAAUUUUGUACAGCAACGAGAUUUAGAAAGAUUUUUAUCGCAGUAGUGGGUGUUAUGGUGAGCCAGCAAAUAUGCGGUGUAAAUUCGAUUAUAUUUUAUGGCGUUUCAGUUCUGGCCACGACCCUGCCCCGUUACUCUGGUCUCGUAAAUGUGCUAAUAUCGCUUCUGAACUUGGCAGUGACUACUGCAAUUUCUCCGUUUGUUGACACUUUCGGCCGCAGGCCUUUGUUAUUGGCUUCCAUUCUGGGAAUGACGUUCUCCUCAGCAGUUUUGGCAAGGGCGAUGAUAGGCGAAAUGCCUGUUGUAGCCUCUACAGCGGCCACGGCCUUCGUAGUAUCAUUUGCGGUUGGUCUGGGCCCAAUUCCUUUCUUGAUUAUCUCAGAGAUGACUCCCAAUGACGUUGUGGGCAUGGCACAAAGUAUAGGAACAACUGCCAACUGGAUGGCGUCCUUUUUGGUCGGCUUUUUGUUCCCUAUUCUAAAGGCCCAACUCGGGUCCUACGUAUUUUAUAUAUUCACUCUCACAGGAGCAGUUGCGUUUACUUUUGUGUUUAAAUUUGUUCCAGAAACCAAAGGUAAAAGUUUAGCAGCUGUCUGGGCUCAAUAG